AUGGAUUUGCUGCCUGCGCAAUACGAGUUGAUGGUUGAAAUGAAGCCUGAGCAAGCUGGCUACCAGGUGUACGCGACUCCUGGAGAGAUAUAUAUCCGGUGGGAAGACCAGAGACCCUGGUAUGCUGGGAAAUUGCUGGAGGCGGUACUGCGGGAGGCGGCACAGGAUUGGUAUGGUACACGUCCGCCGAGUCGAGUGAAAACGAGAUAUAUGUUCCUCGGCCAGCAAAAGCAGUUCACAGCAGCGAUAGCAGGAGCGAAAGGGGGGAGAGGGAAAAAAGUCCAGGAGACAGCAACAGCAGCAGGAGCAUCAGAAGAAGUAGCUAGCGACACACACCGACGAUCCGAUGGGAACCCAGCUCACCGCCAUGAGACCAAAUUUUGGGUUCCGUCUCCUCCAAACAACCUCGCACCAGGACCAGACCCUGAGUUUCCUCACGGACCCCGGUUUUCUCAUCCGUGGACCACUCACGACACGGCGCGCGGCCUUUGUCAGGAGUGCCGCACCUGCACGUCGCCACGCACGCCCGCGCCCUGGACGCCGUUUGGGAGCAGUAUAGGUACCGGUGUGAUAAGACUGCGUGAGCCUGGGAGGGCAUCGUGCGGUUUGUCCCGUGAAUGGGGCUGUCUUGCUCCUCGUCCUCCAGAUGUGAGGCUGAGAUGCCAAGGAUCGUCGCUUGCACCUGCAUGCAUCGUGGACUUCCGGGGAAGUUCGACUACUCGACACGUUGUCAAAAUGCAAGAGCGGAGAAAAGGGAUCUGCGCCUCAGCCGUUGAUGCAGCUAGGCAUUUCUGGAACGUAGGGCUCUCAGGAUAUAGAUCCCCGAGAUUCGAGGUUGCAGGGCUUGGUUUCUACGAGCUCGCCCUUGGAUGCUCCGGAAGCACCUCCGAGAAGCAAAUUGAUCCAUGGGAAACAACGUCAAUGUCUCUUGUUCCCCGCCGUCUUGUUGUCAACUACAUGAUUUCGACGAAACCAUCUCCUCCCAGUACUUGCUCUAUCCCUAACUACACAGCGUUCAAGAAGCACUUGAGAGACAACAAUCCUCAUCUUGUGAACAAACUUUGCGCUGUGAAAAUGCAAGACUCCCUAAUAUGCAGAUUCCAAUCCGCAUUGCCAGUGUAA